ACGAUGAAGGCUAGAAACUGACUUAAAUAAUGUUUCUCCUUUCACGAGAGCUGUCAGUAUGUACCUGCGUCAUUUUAACUGAUGUUUCUUGUUCUAAGAAAUGCAGUCAUAUUCGGGACUCCUGACGUCAUUUCACAAACAUAGUGCGUCAGAACCCUUUUGGGAAAUGCAUUAUGCGCACCUGCCUGGCUAAAUUUGAAUAAAUACGUCACUCACCUUCCUUACUCACUUAUAAAGCCCCAUGCAGGAGACCACAGCGAGACACCUGGAGAGAGCAUCCAUCGUGAGGAAACGCAUUUCGGAACUGAGUCUCAAGCCAGGUUCCUGACUGUUUUACAAGGAAGAUUUGGUGGUGCGUGAGCACAGCAACAAUACAGACAAAAACAUCAAUAUUGCAGACAAGUACAGGGUCCUGAAGGAAUAUGGCACAACUAACAAACUCGGUAUUUAACGGUCGUGAACUAAACACAUGCGAAAAAAGUUUUAAUAUAAUGGAAGCAAGAUGCGCCAAAAAAGUUAGGUAGAGGUGAAAAAAAGCUCUGUGUUUUGGCCUAAUAGGGUUAAACAGAGGGGGAGUGAAGGGAGUUAGUUUUAAAUAUUAAUAAAAAGACACAUCUGAGGCUACGGGAGGGAGUUAGAGGAACAACAUGGUCCUUUUUUAAUUGGCUGAUUUGAUUAAACCCUUUGGGUUGAAGACAGCCCAUUGAUGGACUCUCUGGAUUUCCAUCGGGGAGAGAUUCGAGUUGAUGUACAGGUUGCAAUGAUGAGUUCUAUAGGGAGCGUCAAGGGAAAAAUGGAGGGCAGAGUGGAGGGAAUGAGGAAGGCGAAUUAAGAGGUGGAUAAAUAGUCGUAUCACAAGGCUGGAUUUCAGUGUUGAUGUGGCCUGCAGAUGUAAAAAGCUUGCGUGCUGCCACGGCCGUAUAAUUAUGAACUGCGAGCGCAUCACAAUUUAUGCAGAUAUUAGCAUCACGUGCCGCUUUACUAAUGAUUAACUCUCGAUGAAUCAAUACUCUAACGUGGCUGUCGGUUCGACACUGAGCGGAAUCGAUAUUAUAGACACCUAAAUUCAGGUUUCACAAAACCUUAUACAGUAUUGGCAGAGACGCGCCCCUAUGGGACAACAUACUUUCUUCCAUACAUAGGCAGAUAAAUGAUCGGUAUUUUUGUCAGGUUUCGAUUUUAAAUGUUUCGAGUGCAACACCUGGCAGGCUUAUGAGCACACAAAAGUUAAAUUAAAAAGGACUGGCGUAUCCUGAGCUGUGUUGCCAGGGAAACCGAGUCGACCCGUAUGCUAAUUACAGUCGACUCAAUUAUCCAAGCUAAUGACGGGAAGGACGGCCGCAUAUAACACUGGUCUGCAGCCAAAAUGCUUCUGAAAUAAAUGUAGUCCAACCUUACUAAUUCUGGGUCACUGAGAAUGAAAACGAUGCUUAAAAUUGUUGAUUGGCUCUAGUUUUCAAGAUAUGCUACUGGGUCAGUAUAUAUAACCCUUGACUUGGGAAUGGCGGAGGAUUAGUGAGUUAUUAAGGGAAGGGAUCUCAGUUUAAACCAGAAAUGACUAAAAUACAUCUUUGACUGGGUUUGGACAGUACUUGCUUUUUGAGUAAAACAAUUAAUGAUGCAAUCUGAACCUGGUAUUGCAUCAUACGUGAUAUGAAUUGCAUAAUCUUAUUCCUAGAAGUCAUGGAUGAUGCAAUCAUAACUAUACUUACAUCCCUCUGGUGAAAAAAAUGCCCUAUAUCAGCUCUAGAAAUCACAGUGUCGUGCUCUCUUAUUUGUCAGUGUUUGAUUUUGCAAAGGAACACAUUUAUGUUUAGCCAAAGCGAACAGAGAUGCCUCGUACUUCUGUGAACAAACCAGAUAACUACUGCUAUGUUUGUGGUGAAGUCACUUUUGCAUCACAAAAGCCCAGUAUAACCACUAUGGUUAAGAAAGCCUAUCACCUUUAUUUUGGCUGCAAAAUUGGAGAUCAGGACAAGAUGUGGGCCCAACCCAUAUGCUGCAACACUUGUGCAACAAAUUUUCGCCAGUGGUUGAACAGGAACAGGAAAUCUAUGCCCUUUGCAGUGCAAAUGAUUUGGAAAGAGCCAACAGAUCAUAUCAGCAUUUGUUACUUCUGCAUGGCACCUCCAGUUGGGAAAGGUGUGUCAAAGAAGAAAAGUAGACUGUGCAGUAUCCAAACAUUCCAUCAGCUAUAUGCCCAGUACCCCACGGAGAAGGACUGCGGAUUCCUGAUGCACCAGAAUCAUUCUCACCUUGAGUCUGACGAGGGAGAGGAUGAAACUUCUGGUCCUGAACCAUCAAGGUCACAUGACCUAGAUUUUCUCCCAUCCUCCUCCUCUGAACCACACCUCAUAACACAAGGUGAACUGAAAGACCUUGUCAGGAAUUUGGAACUACCCAAGAGAAAGGCAGAGCUGUUGGGCUCAAGACUACAGCAGUGGAAUAUCCUGGCAGGUGAUGUUAGGGUUUCCAUGUUCCAUGACCAUCAAAAAGACCUUGUCACAUUCUUUUUCAUGAAAGGUGAUCUUGUUGCCUGCAACAUCGAUGGUGUGAUGGCAGCCCUCAACAUCGUUCAUGAUCCAAAUGAGUGGAGACUGUUCAUUGAUUCAUCGAAGAUGAGUCUUAAAGCUGUUUUGCUGCAUAAUGGCAAUGUUUUGCCAUCAAUUCCAGUUGGUCAUGCAGCCCAUAUGAAGGAAACUUAUGAUAACAUGAAACAAUUUUUGAGGUGCAUAAACUAUGACCAACAUCGGAUGCAGCUUUGUGGCGAUUUUAAGGUUGUGGCUCUCUUGCUUGGUCUGCAGACUGGAUACACAAAGUACUGCUGUUUUCUCUUCGAAUUGGAUAGUCGUGCGAGAGAUUCCCAUUACAUCAAGAUAGAUUGGCCACUCCGACCGUCAUUGGAGCCUGGGAGGAAAAGUGUUCAGCAUCCACCACUUGUUGAAUCAAGGAAGAUUUUGUUACCACCCUUUCAUAUCAAGCUGGGUCUGAUAAAGAACUUUGUCAAAGCCAUAGACAAAACUCAAGCAGCUUUCAAGUACAUCCGUGAAAAAUUUCCAAGGUUAAGUGAAGCUAAGAUAAAGGAAGGUGUCUUUGUUGGUCCUCAGAUUCGUGAACUUCUUCGAGAUGAUGCAGUUGACAGUGCACUGCGUGGCAAGGAAAAGACGGCAUGGAAAGCAUUCCAGUUAGUGGCAACAGAUUUUCGCGGAAACAACAAGGCAGACAACUACAGGGAGUUGGUGGAAACCAGAGGCGGGCCGUCAGGGCCAGCAAGGCCUUCUCUGCUGGCCUAGAGAUUGUCAGAAUCAGAAAAUAAUAAUUUUAUUUAAAAAAAUCAUUAAUGCUAUAUGUAUUUUUCAAAGUUCGUUCCCAUCAGUCUAUUAACGUCAUUUCAUUGCUACUCUCUCCCUCAGUUGCACUGCUUCCAGUGCAGCUCAUAUAAAUUCGAGCUUUUAUCCAAUCAGAUUUUCCACCUGUGCUGUCUCCGGGUGAAAAAUCUACCCUGAGGCCUUCAAAAUUUCAAGUGAAUCCCCUCUGCUGUUGAAGCAUUUGGGGACGAUGUUGUUGAUUGUCAUAUUCUUUAACCAAUCAGAUUUCGAGUUUACCAUGUUGGGCGUAUUCUUUGACACGCCGGAGCCUUCUAGCUUGCCUAGCCGCCUACAUUAGCACUUUUCGUGUGGCGUGAUCGGAGGGCCAGAUAGCUAACUGAAGUAAAACUAGCUAGCACAUAACGUUGCAUCAUCAAAACAUUAUUUAAACUUCAUUUCGUGACGUUUAGAUUUUUAGAUGUAGUACUUUAGAUUUUUUGUUUAGAUUUUUACUUAGUCCUGUUGUUUUUUAACGCACAAUGGCUGAAGGAGGAGAAUACAUGGAUUUGGUGGCAGAUUUACUGGCAAAGCCUUUUUCGAGGAGGACCUUUCAAGAAAAGCCGGGCCUGUUACUAGCUAUUUAGUAUUAUUGCUUGCUUUAGGUCAUUGCUGCUGGUGUGAAUGAUAUUCAAAUUCAGUGGCCUGACUGUGCCUUUGAGUGUGCGUGGUGGCAUGUGCGUUUAGGCCCAGCAGCUUGGCUGGAAUUUGUGGGGAAGCCUGUUGAAUCCUGAUUGUGUUAUUUGUGUUUUACGGCAUUUUUGCUUGCUUGGUGGUCGUAUGAGCAAAUGUGACUGGUUGUUGUGAGUUUGUUCUUGUUUCUUUGGUAAUGACAUUGAUUUGAGCUAUGCGAUGUCUAUUUGUGAUGCAGCCUCCUGUCGUACUGUGUAAUAGUGGAACAUCCUUGAUGGUUUCAGUCACUAUGUAUUUAUGUCUCUGCAAUUAGUGUAUUUUAACUCUCAUAGGUGUUGAGCUUCAUGUUAAAUCACUUUAUUCCACUCGAUAAAGGUUACUGUCACUGUAAAUAUGGGGUGGUUACGUCGAAUGACAAUGUUCUUCAUCUGAGGACGGCUGCUUGCGUUGUGGCCGAGACGUCGUGAGAAUUAUUUUAUUAUGUUUUAUUUUUAUUAUUUUAUUAUUUCCAUUCUACGUGACUUUACCGAAAGAACCAAGAAGAGAAAUAUCCUAUAGCCCUAGUGUCAUGAGGAGGUUAUUCGAAGGCAGUUUAAUUGCGGGAGGAUAGCAUUGAAGGCCUCGGUGUAAAAUACACGGCCCUCCACUGGUGGAAACCCUCCUCAAGGCAUACAAAAGCCUUGACUGCAACAUUUAACCAGGACAUUGCAACAAUGGAUAAACGCUAUCAGGGCAAAUGGAGCCCAUCAAUGCUUGCGGACUAUUGCUGGGCAGUGACAAGAGAUGCUCCAUUUAAUGAAUACAAGAGACAAGCCAAGAAGCGCCGAGUAGACACUGAAUAAGGACUAAACUAUGUACUUAUAUAUACAUAAUAGUUUUUUGCCUUUUGUUUCAUAAUACAUUUUAUUUAUAUAACUAUUUAGCUAAUUUUUAAAGUGUUGCAUGAACAGGACAGGUGACAUGUUAUCAUGUUAAGCAACCAUAAACACAUGAAAAGACCUAGGUUUACAAUUUAUGAGUAGAACUCUACUAUCUACACAAUAUACAUAGACGUAAAAUGUAAAAAUUUGGGAACAGUAGCCAAUCAGUUGUUUUAAUUGUCAUAUUUGAAUUCAGCACAUCAAAAUCCAUAAUAAACAGCACAUUUCAUCUCUGAAGCAGACGACGUCUAAAAAAUUGUAGACCAGUGGAAGUAAAAAUCACAGAUAAUCCAAUUCUUUAAAUUUUUACGCGGGUCUCUAUGCCAAAAACGAACGAUCGACCAAUCGAUGCGCGUGCUCAGUGAUAACACUUUCCUGCUCCCGCGCAGAUGAAUCCGCCCACAAAGUGGACAGCAGCAUAGCCACGCCAAUCAACAUCAAACUCUGCCCACUGUUGUAGAGAUAUGCAACUACUAUACUGUUGAGGCAAUAACGUGGGUUUUGGAUUAACCGGAGCACAUAUUUGUUCAGUUUAAGCACAUGACUUUUACUAAAUAUUUCCAGGACUAACAAUGUAUAAAUGCUUUUAGAUGUUUAAUUUGGGCCCAAGGGAAAAUCCAUGAGUUGUUAAUUUAUGUUAAAAUAUGAGGUGCCUGAGUCGUGACGUCACUGAGUCAUGGCUUUGUUGUGCGCUUCAUUGUGGGCAGCUUGAACCAUGGAAACGACACAUUUGUUUUGAGUGAACAAGAGUGUGAAAAACGGCCUAACAAAUAUUAAUCCUAUCCCAUGCACCAGUUUUGCUACUUUGUGAGCGAUCACACAAAUCCCGAUGUUUUUCAUCGACAAAUUAUUAACUUAUGUGAAAGUUCUUGAUCUCUAGGAGUGACAUUCGGAAAUUCAAAUGGUUAAAUGAAGGAUACUGACUGACGGACAACCUCCCUGGGUUUUAGCAUGCAAUGAUGCAAAUCCACGACUGAGGGUUAUGAUUCGGUCUGAGAAUGAUGUCUCAUUUGUAUUGUUACUGAAUGGUUCUGUCUCGUUUAUACAGGUUUUUUUCUCACCGUGUG